AUCAAUAGAUACGAGUCCAGCCAGAUUGAAUCAGAGCCACUCCUUGCUUUGGCCAUCAAAGUUUCACGAUUUUACGUUACUUUGGUCGAAACCCUAACCCGGAGAUCAAGCAGUUGGAGAAAUUUCGAAAAGCCGCGGGAGGGAUGGAAUCGGACGGGCAAAGGGCAUCCUCGAACCCCUCGGCCGUGCUUACUGCGCUCAUGAGCAAGAGGGAAAAGCUCCAGGAUGAGCUCCGGGCAAUUGAGAGACAAGUCUAUGACCUAGAAACUACUUACUUACAAGAUUCAAAUCAGAAUGGAAGUGUGUUGAAAGGAUUUGAAGGAUUUUUGUCAUCAUCAAAGAGUACUGCAAACCUAAAGCGCUCCAGAAAGUUUCAGCCUGAAGACAGGCUCUUCUCCUUAUCGUCAAUUACCUCUCCAGCGGCUGAAGAAAAUGUUGCUGGUCGAGAUGAUGGAAGAUCCGAAUAUGGUCCAGGUCGAUCAAAGGGUGGAGGUUCUGCUAAUGGACAAGGAAAACCAAAGAAGGGCGGAAGAGUUGCUUUAAGAGAUGCUAAACGGCUUCGACCAUCGAGUGAACAAGAGAUGGACGACGAUGAAGAUCUCGACAUGAGUUUGAGAUGAUUAUUUAUAGAAUCACUAAGUGUUUUAUAGAUCAUGGAUUUUGUUAGCGUUGCUUGCUUCACUCACAGCUAAUAUGUAUUCCCUUGGAUGAAACACCAUGAACGACCCCCGUCUCAGACCAAAAGGUUUCAUCAAUUCAUCUCUCUAUGCCCCAAAAUAUUUGUUAUCUAUUUCAUUGGAGAUUGUUAUGUCUAAUGACAAUGUUUUAAAAAAUAUAUAUCAGAUUGUUGAUUGAAGUUUAA